GAGAGAGGAUAAGGGAGUUCCCAAUCUCAGCUGAUUUAGUUUCAGAACAAUACAGUUACUCUGAGACAGAGGGACACACAGAGUGGAACUGCCUGACUGUACAGAGGAAUCUGAGCUUCGAUCAAGCAGAGACAGAGACACACAGAGAGGAGCUGCCUGACAGUACAGAGGAAUCUGAGCUUCGAUCAAGAAGAGACAGAGACACACAGAGUGGAGCUGCCUCUGUACAGAGGAAUCUGAGCUUCGAUCAAGCAGAGACAGAGACACACAGAGAGGAGCUGCCUGACAGUACAGAGGAAUCUGAGCUUCGAUCAAGAAGAGACAGAGACACACAGAGUGGAGCUGCCUCUGUACAGAGGAAUCUGAGCUUCGAUCAAGAAGAGACAGAGACACACAGAGUGGAGCUGCCUCUGUACAGAGGAAUCUGAGCUUCGAUCAAGCAGAGACAGAAACACACACAGUGGAGCUGCCUCUGUACAGAGGAAUCUGAGCUUUGAUCAAGAAGAGACAGAGACACACAGAGUGGAGCUGCCUCUGUACAGAGGAAUCUGAGCUUCAAUCAAGAAGAGACAGAGACACACAGAGAGGAGCUGCCUGACAGUACAGAGGAAUCUGAGCUUCGAUCAAGAAGAGACAGAGACACACAGAGUGGAGCUGCCUCUGUACAGAGGAAUCUGAGCUUUGAUCAAGAAGAGACAGAGACACACAGAGUGGAGCUGCCUCUGUACAGAGGAAUCUGAGCUUCGAUCAAGCAGAGACAGAGACACACAGAGAGGAGCUGCCUGACAGUACAGAGGAAUCUGAGCUUCGAUCAAGAAGAGACAGAGACACACAGAGUGGAGCUGCCUCUGUAGAGAGGAAUCUGAGCUUCGAUCAAGCAGAGACAGAAACACACAGAGUGGAGCUGCCUCUGUACAGAGGAAUCUGAGCUUUGAUCAAGCAGAGACAGAGACACACAGAGAGGAGCUGCCUCUGUACAGAGGAAUCUGAGCUUCGAUCAAGAAGAGACAGAACGUGGACAAGAACAUAAAUACAAAGAAACAGAAAUAAUCUGAAAAUAAAACGUUCCGCUGGGCAUCUCACACGAUGUUCUCAGACGGCUCUCCCAGGUUCCGGAAGCUGCACUUCCCGGUCGGGCUCUGGAUUAACAACCCCAAGAAACACUUCAGCAAGAGGAGGCCGAGCGCAGGGAGUGAGAAAUCCAUCUCUAGCUCUGAUGUCAUCUCCUGUCAAGAUCUCCCCAGCACUGGGAUUAGUGGCACUUUCCACUCCUCCCAGUCUAGCUCCCAGUACCACGAGCAGCCGGGCUCCCAGUCCAGUGCCCCCUCCCCUCCUCGCCCCCUCCCCCUCUCCCUCUCCCUCUCCAGCUCCACUCCCUCCCUUCCCCCCUCCCCCUCCUCCCUCUCCUCACCCCCCUCCUUCCUCCGACCCAAGAACUCAGCCCAGCCCCCUCAGCCAAGACACAAGCGCCUGUCCCAGCUGUUUCUGAGGGGGCGUUCCCAUAGUGACCGGGAGCGGGGGGGCCGAGGCUGGGGAGGGGGCGGAGCGGGGGGGUGCAGCAGCCCCCCGGGACUGAUAAAGAUUUACGGAGACGCCCUGUCGAUGGGGGCGAACUAUAAAAGCGUUCUGGCGACCAAGAGCUCCACAGCCGGAGAGAUCGUGGCAGAUUUUAUAAACCGUUACGGACACGUGCUGAGGAGGAGAGGAGAGGGGGAUGAGAGAGGAGAGAGGGGAGGAGGAGAGGAGAAAUGUGUGUUGUUAGCGAGUGACUUUGUGUUGUGUGAUGUCAUCGGGCGCCCCCUGUCGGAGGGGCUGGGGGCGGAGUUGGGGGGCGGGGCUGGCUGGACGGCGGAGUGUCGGAGGGGCGUGGCCAGCUCGGAGCGCCCUCUGCUGCUCAUGGAGAUGUGGAGACCGAAGGAAGGUUUUGAGAGACGCUUCGAAAUCAGGAGGAGAGACGAGUGCGAGAGAGAGGAGGAGAGGAAGAGGAGAGGAGAGGAGGAGGAGAACACUGCAGGUCUUGUGACCCGCAGGCUCCGUCCAAUCCGCUCUCGCAUGGCGUCCGGGGGCGGGGUCGAAGACAGUGGUCGUGGUCAGGACGAGAAGGGGGCGGAGCUCCGGCGCAGCAUCAGCGACAUGCACCUGAGCGUGCGCCGUCGCCAUGGCACCCAGAGCGAGGAGCGCAAACACGUGAAGAGCAUGCUGCUGGAUGAGGGGGAGGGCCUGGCAGACACUCCAUCUGACUUGUUGACAGCUGGAUCAAAGGAGGUGGGAGGAGAGGAAGCGAGGGAUGGAGAGGGGAGAGGAGGAGGAGCAGGGGGGGAAGGGGAGAGGGGAAGCGGCUGCAGUGAUCUGGAGAAAUUGUCUCAGAGCCUUAUACUGCCCCCUACAGACCGGCCCUACUUCCUGCUACUGCAGGGCUACACUCAGAAAAAGGACUUUGUUCUCUACGUGAUGGCGGGACACACUCACAUUUUUGGGCGCACUCUAACCCCAGCGGAGAGGGAGAAGGAGAGGGGGAGCGAGAGAGAGAGGGAGGGGAAAAGGAGGGACAAGCUGAGGGUCGACACCUUCCUCUCAGCCCCUGAUAUCCUUCCCAGGCACCUAUUGGUCCGCAGGGACUCCGCCCUCCGAGGACACGCCCCCUCUGCAGAGACAGGCCACGCCCCUUCAGCAGCAUUGGUCCGUCCCUUCAGGGGCGGGGUCGUGACUCACAAUGGGGCGGAGCUAGUGAGGGAGGUGAAGCUGAGGCCGGGGGAUGUGCUGGGGCUGGGCCAGCACUUCCUGUUCCUGUAUAAAGACCCGCGCUGUGUCUCCGCCCCCCUCCUCCCUGCCCUCCUCUCCCCGCUCCGCUCCCCCACGCGGUCUCCUCCCAGCCUCGUGGGGGCGCUGUGCUGCCAGGCGUGCGGGCGAUCGCAGGCAGAGAGGCAGGCUCGCUUGAGGGAGUACCUGAGCUCCACACAGCCAGUGCUGAGAUACAGCAUAGCACACGAGGAACAGCUACUCAGGGAGAUCGUUGAGAAGAACGGGUCACCUGACUCAGGGGCCGGGGCUCUGGCUCCUGCCUUCCUGCUGUCACUCUGCAUAGACCACGCCUCCAAACACCUGCACCCCGCCCACCUGCCAGCCCUGCUGCUCAAAACAGCCAAUCUGGUGAAGGGACUGGUGUGGGACAAAAUCAAAGAGAUUGGAGACAAGCAGCCAGAGAAUCAGGAGAAGAGCGAUGUGAGCGCGCUCAGCAUAGAGGCCCUGACCUCUGAACUCCGACCCCUCAUGUUCUGGAUGUCCAACGCCACCGAGCUGCUGAACUACAUCCAGGUCAAAGUUGAGGACAUGGAGCGAGACCUGGAGUUUGAGAGUUCGAGUGACCUGUCAGCUGACCUGGAGACAAGCUCCGAGGCGCUGGCGCUGCUUGAUGAUGUCAUCAUGUACACCUUCCAGCAGUGCGUCUAUUACCUCACCAAGACUCUGUACUCUGCUCUCCCAGCCCUGCUGGAUUCAAACCCUUUCUCCCUGCCUCCUCCCUCCGCGCUGCCCCCGGACCCCUCACCCCUGACCCCUGACCUGUCCCUGAUGCCGGGGGGCGUGGCCCGGGUGCUGGAGGUGUACCUGUCAACGCUGGAGCUGACGCGCACCUGUCAACUGCACCCCGACCUCGUCUCUCAGACAUUCGGGUACCUGCUGUUCUUCAGCAACGCCUCGCUGUUCAAUACACUCAUGGAGAGAGGUUCUGGUUCUGAUUCGUUCUUCACCUGGUCUCGCGCGGUUCAAAUCCGGACGAAUCUGGACCUGGUUCUGGACUGGCUCCAGGGGGCAGGGCUCGGUGACAUCGCCAAUGAGUUCUUCCGCAAGCUGUCAAUCACCGUCAACUUCCUGUGCAUCCCCAAAACCCGCCUCAUACAUUCUAGCUGGUCUUCUCUCCAGGAGGAAUACCCCUUACUAAGCCCCGCCCAGCUGAAUCACCUGCUGCGACACUAUAGGCUGGGAGCCGGCAGGGAACCGCCCACUUCCUGGCAGCCCCCUGAAGAUUCCAAUCUGAGCUCAGAUAUCUUCGAGAGUUUCCUGGAUCACCCCCCUCUGAUCCUGCCUAAUGAGGUGUCUCGGCUGGGGUUGGGAGAGCCAAUCACGUCGCAGGAGCUGCAGCAGGAAGUGCAGAGGAUCCGAGCCUUCCUAUUGGACCUGGAACAGGAAGCCCUGCCGGCCAAUCAGAGGAUACAGCUGUGAGAAGAGAGCCAAUGAUAGAGCAGUGUGCGACAGAUGCAGCCAAUCAGGAAGGAGAAGUUGGAUACAGGGGAUUCUGGGGAUAAAGGGGGUGUCUGUCUGUACAUCCGUCCAUCUGUCUGUCAACUUGUAUCUGGAGAAGCGCUGAUCCCAUUGUCAUGACACUGGCUAUUCACAAUAUUUAGAGAAGCGCUGAUCCCAUUGUCAUGACACUGGCUAUUCACAAUAUUUAGAGAAGCGCUGAUCCCAUUGUCAUGACACUGGAUAUUCACAAUAUUUAGAGAAGCUCUGAUCCCAUUGUCAUGACACUGGCUAUUCACAAUAUUUAGAGAAGCGCUGAUCCCAUUGUCAUGACACUGGCUAUUCACAUUAUCUAGCAGAAGAUAUUGAGAAUAUCAGAUUGUGGGGAUAUAGGGGAUGUCUGUCUGUCUGUCCAUACAUCCGCCCACCAGUCUGUCACAUUUUUGCAUAUGUCAGGAGAAACUCUUAUCAAUUUCCAUUAAACUCUUCAUUGUCAUUUCUUAUCCUGCACUGUUCUGUACAUGCUGUUGAUACACGUCACGGUCAUCGACGUUUCCCUCUCACUGAGAGCUCUGAUUGUGAAUGUGCAGCCGUGGUGAUGGGGAGAGGAGGUCACUGACAGGCUGGUUUAUAUUGCUGGGAUGGGGGGUGGAUGAUGUCACGGACAGGCUGGUUUAUAUUGCUGGGGUGGGGGGUGGAUGAUGUCACUGACAGACUGGUUUAUAUUGCUGGGAUGGGGGUGGAUGAUGUCCCUGACAGGCUGGUUUAUAUUGCUGGGAUGGGGGGUGGAUGAUGUCACUGACAGGCUGGUUUAUAUUGCUGGGAUGGGGGGUGGAUGAUGUCACGGACAGGCUGGUUUAUAUUGCUGGGGUGGGGGGUGGAUGAUGUCACUGACAGACUGGUUUAUAUUGCUGGGAUGGGGGUGGAUGAUGUCCCUGACAGGCUGGUUUAUAUUGCUGGGAUGGGGGUGGAUGAUGUCACGGACAGGCUGGUUUAUAUUGGUGGGAUGGGGGGUGGAUGAUGUCACUGACAGGCUGGUUUAUAUUGCUGGCAUGGGGGUGGAUGAUGUCCCUGACAGGCUGGUUUAUAUUGCUGGCAUGGGGGUGGAUGAUGUCCCUGACAGGCUGGUUUAUAUUGGUGGGAUGGGGGGUGGAUGAUGUCACGGACAGGCUGGUUUAUAUUGGUGGGAUGGGGGGUGGAUGAUGUCACUGACAGGCUGGUUUAUAUUGCUGGGAUGGGGGGUGGAUGAUGUCACUGACAGGCUGGUUUAUAUUGCUGGGAUGGGGGGUGGAUGAUGUCACUGACAGGCUGGUUUAUAUUGCUGGGAUGGGGGGUGGAUGAUGUCACUGACAGGCUGGUUUAUAUUGCUGGGAUGGGGGGUGGAUGAUGUCACUAACAGGCUGGUUUAUAUUGCUGGGAUGGGGGGUGGAUGAUGUCACUGACAGGCUGGUUUAUAUUGCUGGGAUGGGGGUGGAUGAUGUCACUGACAGGCUGGUUUAUAUUGCUGGGAUGGGGAGUGGAUGAUGUCACGGACAGGCUGGUUUAUAUUGCUGGGAUGGGGGUGGAUGAUGUCACUGACAGGCUGGUUUAUAUUGCUGGGAUGGGGAUGGAUGAUGUCACUUACAGGCUGGUUUAUAUUAACCUUUUGUAUUUUAAUAGCCUGUAGCUUUACCCUGAGCAUUGUAAACGUUUAUCAAUACUUUGUAAUCUUGCUAUUAGCUUAAAUAAAACUGUUACUUGUUAAUUCAAAAA